UUUCACUCAACAUAAACAAACAAAAAUCAAAGAUCAAUUAUCUGAGAAUAUGCCUAUGACGACGAAAAAUUCUCCGAUAGAAUCUCUAAAACUCCCCACUGAUUACUCUCGGGAGGAGUUUGAGAGAGCUUGCGAGUUCGUGAAGCAAGUAAAAGAGAUUGAUGAAGAACAAAACCACAGAGGAAUCUUCAUUCAAUAUGUCACUGCAAUGAAGCUUUAUCGAUCUGGAUCUUUGGACAUGGUCGAGGUCAAAAACAGAAUCACGACCAUUUUCAAGAACUGCGACGUUUUGCUCGAUGGCUUUCAUAGGAUUAUGAAAGAUUCGGAUUGUCAAGACCAUAUCGUUGUUCUUAAACGAAUGGUGGGGUUCUUGAAGGCGUUGGCGAAAGAGUCCGAGAGAUUACGACUAGGGUUAAUGGAGGCUUUCGUGAGAUUCAAGGAACAUAAAGAUGGACAGGUUCUGAAGGAACAAGUUGACCUUAUGUUACGAGAUUACCCUUGUCUGAAAGAAGAAUUUAGGAGGAUACUACACGAGAACGGUUAAUUUGGUACAAGAUGAUGAGAAACGAGAGGAGAUUACGUUUGAUAGAGAGGCUGAGAUGUUCGAAGAAGAAUUAUUGCUAUCUUUAGAAAUCUUAGAAGGCCCGAGAUUGUUCGGUUAUGGUCUAUGAUUAUAAUUGUUCUUGCUAUCUUUGGCAAAAAGCUUUUUGAUUCCUCGUGUUGUAGCUUCAAGUUAAGAUUAACAUUGACCAUUACAAAACAUCAUAUAUUAUUCAUUGAUCAUCGUAACAAACAUUUGAUCAAACU